UUGGACAGUGAAGGAGCACGUGAUUGCCUGUUGAGAAAAUCUGUGGCUGGUGAAAUUGUCCUCAUCACUGGAGCUGCAAGCGGCAUUGGAAAACUCAUAGCCUUUGAAUUUGCUAAACAAAGAAGCCGAUUGGUUCUCUGGGACAUAAACAAGUCUGGCAUCGAGGAAACAGCUGAAGACUGCAGAAAGUUGGGAGUCGAAGCAUAUCCUUAUGUGGUGGACUGCAGUUUGAAAGAGGACAUCUACAGUGUGGCUGAGAAAGUAAAAAAAGAUGUUGGAGAUAUUACUAUUUUAGUGAAUAAUGCCGGUGUGGCAACAACAGCAGAUCUACUUUCUACCCAGGAUAAGCAAAUACAAAAAAUAUAUGAUGUCAACAUUCUAGCUCAUUUCUGGGUAAGUAUCACUGAGAACUUAAAUUUUAAGUAUUUAGUCAAUAUUAGGAAUUCAGGGCUGAAGCUUAAUUGAGCUUACAGUACCUUAAAGCGUGAUCCUAACUAAAAAUAUGUUGGGGAAGGUUAAAUGAGAUUCAUCUGCCAGUUCAGUACAGCAGUACUAUAAAAGAGGGGUUUCCACACUGUGGUCCAGGGACUGGCACUGAGCUGCACCAUGCCAGAAAACCGGGCCGUGCAAACAAGUGAAGCCACGUCUAUGGGAUGCAAGAAUAAUGCAAAAUGAUGCCCCCUCCAGUGUGCAGAAAAAUCUACCUCCACGGAACUGGUCUCUGGUGCUCAAAAGAUUGUGGGUCACUACUAUAAUAUCUCUUGAAGGCCUCUUCAUCAUCUGUAUUGCCACACUUUAGUCCAAUGGCUGUAUCCAGUCUCUUUGAGGGCUGUUUCAGAGAUCUUGUAAAGAAUGCGGUGGCUCAGUAGCUAAGACCUUGUCGAGCAGAAAUGUCAGCAGUUUGGCGGUUCGAAUCCCUAGCACUGCG